AUUGCUGGAUUCCUUGGAAUGCUAUGGUGCCUGAGUCUGCUGGCAUGUAUAUAUGGAGAUAGCACUGGAUUUCCUAUGCAGGCAAACCCACUUAUCUUAUAUGGAUUUAUGCUGCUGUUCCUUAUCAAUCCUACAAAAACCUUUUACUACAAAUCUCGAUUUUGGCUGCUUAAACUCUUGUUCCGGGUAUUCACUGCCCCCUUCCAUAAGGUGGGUUUUGCAGAUUUCUGGCUCGCUGACCAGCUUAAUAGUCUGGCUGUAAUACUUAUGGACCUCGAAUACAUGAUUUGUUUCUAUAGCUUUGAGCUCCAGUGGAAAGCUAAAGAUGCGUUGCUGGAAGAUCCAGGUAUUGAUACAUGCCACACUUAUGCUUAUGGUGUGCGCGCAGUUGUUCAGUGCAUUCCUGCUUGGCUGAGAUUCGUCCAGUGCCUGCGCCGAUACCGUGAUACUAAACGGGCCUUUCCCCAUCUGGUUAAUGCUGGGAAAUACUCCACUACCUUCUUUAUGGUGACAUUUGCAGCCCUUUACAGUACCCACAAAGUUCAAAAACACAAUGACUACCAAGUAUUCUUCUAUCUGUGGAUUGUCUUCUACUUCAUUAGCUCCUGCUAUACCCUUAUCUGGGACUUGAAGAUGGAUUGGGGUCUUUUUGACAAGAAUGCUGGUGAAAAUACUUUCCUCCGGGAAGAGAUUGUAUACCCACAAAAAGCCUAUUACUACUGUGCCAUUGUAGAGGAUGUGAUUCUACGUUUUGCGUGGACUAUCCAGAUCUCUCUGACUACCAUGGAAAUUCACCCUUUUGCUGGUGACAUCAUUGCUACUGUAUUUGCACCACUUGAGGUUUUCCGGCGGUUUGUGUGGAAUUUCUUCCGAUUAGAGAAUGAGCACCUGAAUAACUGUGGUGAGUUCCGAGCUGUCCGGGACAUUUCAGUGGCACCACUGAAUGCAGAUGAUCAGACCCUGCUUGAACAGAUGAUGGACCAGGAGGAUGGUGUCCGAAACCGCCAGAAAAACAGAGCUUGGAAGCGUAGCCACAGUGUGUCCUUGCACAGACCACGUCUUGCUUCACAGUCGAAGAUCCAUGACACCAAAGUAUUAAUAGAAGACACAGAUGAUGAAGCAAACACAUGAAAUGCGCACAGAGCAAAGUUCCAUAUCCCUCAUGCUUUAUUACCUCCCCAACCCCAAAUGCCACCCAGCCCAUCCUCUGGUAUAGUUCCAGCUAAAAACAGGAGAAAAAUCUGAACACACUUUCUGAGCUCUUCCGGACCGGUUCCUAUGGACUCCAACAAGCUCACUGUGUUUUCUUUUCUUUUCUUCUGGUUUUAAUUUGAUUUCUUGUUUUUAAAAUAUAAAUCUAACUUUGUUUUGCCAAUCAGAGGGACAUUUAAGGAAGGAGCUGUCUUAAAGAUUGUUUACAAUCUCUUCAAGGACAUAUAAUCUGGAUGAAGAAGCAUCAUUUGGACUCCCUAAUGGGACUUUACUGAGAAAUCACUCGGUCUCUGCUCAGUCCAGUUUUGACUGGUUGAAACUGGACCAGCGUUUUUAACUCUGGCUCGCGCUCUGGUUUUUGGUGUUUUCUUUCAUAUCCGGUGCCAAGGCACUGGCUGCACUUGCCGGGAAAGUGCACUUAGAGCAGUACCUUCAUUCACGAAGCUACUUUUUAAUUUGAUGUAACUUUCUUAUAAUUUUUUUUGAAAUAUGAUGUAUUUGUUGCACAUAGUUUUCACAUUAUUUAUGAUAGUUAACCAUAUGAGAAUGGUUUUGAGUCCUGUGCAAUGAAGGUGGUAACUCUUUAAAAAAAAAAAAAAAAAAGGCAAGUGGUUGGGGAGGAGGGGAUGUAGAUCCUGGAUCUCUCUUGCUGCAAGGUUAAGCCCUUUAAAAUACCUCUUUGAGAGAACUUGCACCAGCUUAACCUGUCUGAUUUUUUAUUUUUCUUCUUUUUAUUGAUUGAUUGAUUUUAAGCCAAAGUUGCUGUUGGGUUUUACUUGCUGCUGCUGGUCCCGCAGAAACCUUGUCACCUUCCUUAGCCAGAUCAUCUUUGUAUGCGUGCCUCCACAGAAAUAGUAACAUGAUCUCCAGAUUUCUGUUGGAAAAAAAUUAGAGCUAAUCCUGUGUAGUUCAUCAGACAUCCAUGCAAGAAAGCCUUUGUUUGUACAUUUAAGAAUGGUUUUCAUUUUAAUGAGCUGAGUCUCCAGGACAUCAUCCCAUUUUUAAAUAGGGAGUUCCUGUAUGUAUGGUUCAUUCACUUCAGCUAAAUAAUAGAGGAAAAAAAACUGAUUGAGACAAUGUCUGUCUUGUAGGAGACAUAGGAUUACUCAUUCAGCAGUAUAUACCGGGUUUAGGCAGACACUCAACAGCUUGUCAUUUAUGUCAUCUGGAGGCUGUGUAGUCUCUAAAAAUUGAGGAAGUUGGUAUUGCUAUAGAAAGGGCUCUUUAAUUUUUUUUAAUAAAUAAAAAUAUUUUGCCAUAAUUUGGCAAAGACUUGUCUGACAAUCACUGUCCAAGAACAUCCUCAGGUUAACUUUUGUUUCAUUUUUUAAACCUACCUACCCCAAGUCCUAGAUUUCCAGUGUGGUGCUAGGCCUGACUUUUACAAGCAUUAUGAGUGGCACUGCUAAUUGGACUUAUGGUAGAUGGUCAUACGCUUUAGUAAAUUCUUUUUUUAAAAAAGUUUCCAGUUGAUUUUUUUUUUUAAUUCCAUAUUGGCCUCCAGCAUCCAUAGGAUAGAGCAGCAUGAAUGCUUAAGAUGACCACACCCUCUCCUUGUAGUAGAAAGCCUGUGUUGUGUAUGCCAAGCAUUUGUACUUCAUAUUAGCAAAUGAAAGCUUAAUGUGCUGUUACACAAUGUGUGCAUUUGUGAGAUCACCACCAUAUAAUGGGAGAAGCUAUUUCAGAUUUUCUUAACUCUGAUCCUGAUAUAGGACUUCACAGCAAGGACUGUGUUGUUCUUGUUUAGGUUUUUAGAUGGUAGUUCCUUUCUCCUGUAUAAUCUUUGGUUUGCAAAUCACAAGCAUACUUUUAAGCAAAGAGGACUCCUCUUUUAACCUUUUUUUCCCCUUAAUUCAUAAUUGUGUCUGUAAUAAUUUAUUUCCUUAUUUUAUCUUUCAAGCCAUUCACAAGAUUUAUUUUGUAAGGCAACUGUGACUUAAAAAUAGUAUGCAUAAUAUCCCUGUAGCCAUAAGGAACUAGAAAACAAAUUUCUGGCAAAACAAAUUAAGUUCAAAUCAGGGCCCAUUGACAGGCAAGAGAGUUGUAGAAUGAGACUUUAAAUCAGUUAUUUUUAUUGUGCUUUAACUUGGUAGAAGAUUUAGGGCAUUGUGGUAGUAAUGCAAUUAGAUCUUGGAGUUGUGCAUUAUUUGUGCUUCUGCUGUGUAGCAAUUAUUGCUUGGUAUUCUAGUAUCAGGCUGUUCUAGUAGAAAAUUUGGAUUUUGGAAUCCAGGACUCUCCCUCUAAGCUGAUCCUGUUUUGUAGCAAGAUGAGGAGUCUGCAGUCCAAUGAUUUUUGUUUUUUUGUAUUUUACAUAUUACAAUAAUACAGUACUACCAACAACUUUAUGUGAAUAAUGGCAACUACUUAUACAUUCAGUUGCACAAAUAUGAGAGGUCAGUCUGCUUAAGGAAUGCUAAUCUGAAUAAAUCAUGAGUCUCCUAAGUUCUUCCUGCCAAAGACAUAAAAUGGAAAGAUUUAUUCAGGAUAUACAGAAGGAUUCUGACAUAUGAGGAUUAAGCAGAAGGAGCAGCCUGAUGGUGGAAAUUGAGCUGGUGAGCUCAUGAUAGUCUAAAGAGAAAGACUUAGACAGCUGAUAGUUAUAAAUAUAACUGAAAAUGGAGUAUUAGAAGUUAUAUUUCCCUUUGGUAUCAAUUCAGAAUUUUUGUGUGUUGUAUUGUCACCUUUGAUUGAAUAAGUUUAGAAGUAUUGGCAAUCUGAAAUAAUUUGCCUAUCAAGAGUAGGAAGAGCAUAUAUACCACAAUCAACAAUGUUUUUUUUUUUUCAUACCACCAUCAGCUGAUGGAAAAAAGUCACUGCCUUGUGCAUAAUACAGCAUUUUACAUGGAAGCAAUAAAUCCAGAUUUAGAUUUAGAUUUAGAGAACUUGACUAGCAUUCGUACAUUGUAUAUUGUGUUCUUUGAAUCUAUAUAGUGAUUAGCCAAGUUCGUUAACUAACCCUCCCCCAAGGCUGCUGUCAUCAAGAAGCCCUACAAUCUUUGAAUACGAGUACUUUUAUUAAGCUAGUUAUUAUAAAGCCCACAUGGAUGUUCAGCAUGGAUAUUUGAAAAAAAUAUGUGUCCUGAAGAAUUUAUGCUUGGUAGCCUAACUUAAGAAGUUGGGAUUUACACCUCUCUCUAAUGUAGAGGUUCAUCUCCAGAGUUCAUCAUAUUUUCCUGUGGAUGGUCAGUGCAGAAUUGUUGUUCAUUAAAACCAUUAUAUUGGAAUUUCUCAUGUAGUGAGCUUUUAGAAUCAGUAAGAUGGACUAUUGGGAUAGCUAGGACACUGAUUCCAUUUUCCUGGAGUGUAGGAAAAUACCUUGUAACUGGCCAAAAACAUUUAGAAGAUUUUUUCCCCACAAAAUUAAAGACUUGAAAAAAGGGUUGAUGCUUUUGGUCUUUCUACUUGACCCUUUCCAUCUCUGGCAAAUAGAAUUAAUGUACUGUUACAUAAUGGUUAGAUUUUCUUUGACCUAGGUGACAGAGGGAGAAGAGAAAUAUAUAUGAACUUCAUGGGAACUAAUGCCUUCUGAAGUGGUUUUCACCUGUUGUGGAAAUAGAAUGGAACUGACCCUCUGCCAAGAAGGUGGUUAGAAGCAUCUUUGUGAGGAUAUGGAGAAGCACUUUGCUACUUUUUGUUUUCCUCUUUCAAAGGAGUUUUACCUUUCCUUGUUUUGUCAGAGGGAGAACACUUUGCUAUAUUUGAAUUAAAAUAAUUCCCUUGCUCACUGUCCAUUCUCCACAAGGGUUGCCCAGUUGUGGAGAGCAUUAGGAAUAUUCUUGCAAUGGAAUCAGGCUUUGUUCUGUGCAUACAAGGGGAAAAAAAGGCUUUUUUCAUGCUUUGCUUUUUAUUACCCAAUUUUCUUUAUCUUCUUAAUUGUCCCAAGCAAGUGGUCUUUCUAGAAAAAUAAAUAAAAGUUCUCAUGCUGGACGUUUAAGCAUUAUUCAGGAAAAAGUAUAUAGUUCUGGUGUCUAAGUAGGGAAUGCCCUGCUAUCAUUCCUGUAGCAAACUCCAUUGUGUUAUUCUGGACUUUGGUUUGAAAUUGAUGACAAGCUUAUAUGGAAGGGGUGGAAGGAGCAGCUUUGUAUAGAUCAUUUACUUUUUAAACUUCUUAAUAACAUCAAACAAUUUCAUCAUUAAGGAAGUUGGUCCCCCCCCCAAAAAAAAUUUCAUUGAACAAAAACUUGUCCAGUAUACUUAUUUUCUGUGGAGAAAUGUUAUAUUUAAAUUAGCAUAUCAUCUAGAUAUUUCUAAGCAUCCUUUCAGCAUCUAGAUAUUUCUAAGCUUCUUCAAAACAUACACAUGAACAGUUUUAAUCCAUGAUUUUAUUGUCUCAUAUUUUCCUUUUCAAGGAAGCGUUAUUGAUGAGGCCUCUAAUCUUGCAGUAUCAUAAAUCUGCAAAGGGCAGGGAGGAAAAAUUUAACUUGGGUAGGAAGAUUUGCUCAUGAUAUAUAACAAACUUGAUCUUUUGACUAUUUCAUUUUUCUCUUAAGAGUCAUAAAAAAGCCAGAAGGCAUAAAUUGGAAUUCCAGAUUUUAGAACCUACUACUGUUGUUAGAUCUAGAGCAAUUCAGUCAGUCAGGUACAGUUGCCAGGUAAGACAGAACUGUUUCCUUUUCUAAGCACCAUGCUAAAUUGGGCGAUUACAUUAGUCCCCUGUAUAAUUUUUUUAAUCUUUCUGCAAACAAGUUGGUCAGUAUGUGUUGGAAGAAGUUGUUCUGGCAUAAAUAUUGUUUUUUGUAAAUGGUUAUUAAAAAGGAAAGAAGAUUUUUUUGGUUUAUGGAAAAAAGACUCAUUUUUAUGCUUUUAAUACCUUCCCCUAUAUUUUUUUUCUGCUCCUUAUAUCAGUAUGAGUGAUUUAACAUGAGAAAGCAACAAUGUUGCCAAAAUAAUUUUGCCAGUUCUAAUUGGAGAGUGCGCGCUUGGAUAUAUCCUGCUUCCAAAUCUUUAUGAACUUGAUGUUGAGAAACCACUUUUUUCCUUUCUUUACACUGCUGGACUAGGUAGAGUAAAGGAGCUAUAGGGUUGAUAACUGGGCUAUGAACUGCAAUCCUUGUAUCUGUAUAUGCCGAUAGUGUCCAUUUGCCAUGCUAAGCUGUAAAUUGUCUCCACCAUGUUUAAAGCGUUCAGCCUUAUACUGUAAGAAUUCUUGAAAUGAUGAUUGGAGAUGGCAACAAACUUGCCUUUUAAUUUCCAACUUUGCCCUGCUGCUAUAUUGAGCUCUAUCUCAUUCCCAUUUUUCACCUUACUGGUGUGUUGGUCUAAAUGAUUAUUAUAUAUUACAAAACCCAAGCUGUAGGUGUCAAAAGUAACUAUGGAUUGUGAUAUAGUCCUCUUGUGGAUGCUUUUCUCUUUACUUUCUUCCUUUCUCUAUCCCCUUCUCCACUCCUCUUUUGGUUCAGUGGAAAAGGAGAAGAAAAGACUUGCCGCUUGCUUGGACUCAUAAUGAUGUUUUCUGUGAUUGCGCUAUUAGCUGUCUCCUUCUCCCUCCCCUAUUCUCCUCCCAUGGAUAUAAGACUUUUCUGAAGUGUGGAAUUAACUUUCUUGAUAAGUAGGUUUAAAAAAUGCACAAUGUGGUACUGUUUCAUAGAUCUUAGAUGGUUGUAUAAAAAGAGUUAAUGUGGUUUGUGCUUUUAAAAGGAAAAAGUGAUUGAUUUAUUAA